GAUGAUGAUGAUUCGGAUGAUGAUGAUCAUGAUGAUGAUGAUGAUGAAGAUUCGGAUGAUGAUGAUUCGGAUGAUGAUGAUGAUUCGGAUGAUGAUGAUGAUGAUGAUCGAUGAUGAUUCGGAUGAUGAUGAUGAUUCGGAUGAUGAUGAUGAUGAUGAUGAUGAUGAUAGAUGA